AUGGAGGAAUGCUUCUUUAACUAUCUUCGCCUUUUAGGCGAGCCUGUUUGGAGGCGCCUUUUCCGCAGGCGAGCUCCAUUGCGCGCUAUUUUACGCAGUCUUGGUGAGCUGGAACAGCUAAUAAUCUUGAGGCUAUUAAACAUUAGACAGGCUGUGUCAGAGCGGGCGUUGAGAUUGUGGAUGAAUCCUAAUUCGUUUACAGAUCUCCGAGCUGCCUUAUCUUUAUUGCAGUCGUAUCACAUAAUUCAGGUCUCUGAUAAUCGAACAAAGGAAGGGAAACAGCAAUUUGAAUUACAUAAGGAAUUUAAGACAUCGAUGCUGGCGGAACUCUAUGACACUUCAACUGAUUUCGACAGCGGAUUGCAGCUAUUGGGCAAUAUAAACAAUAACGCACAAAAAGACCCCAAAAGCAAGCCAUCAUUUGCAACUCUUGUAAAGCAUUCAAAAGAGCGUCUAGAUUUCCUUGUACUAUUUUUAGUCUCAAGUCAAGUGCGACGACAUACAUUGAGGGCAAACAAAAUUGCGAAAAAGUUAAAGAAGUUAGAAAAAUCGAAAGACCCUAAUGUCAAGAAUCCGCUGUUAAACAAAAAGAUCAAAUCCUUGGAACACCAGUUAACGGCACUCAGUAAACGUGCGAAUGUGGUGUCUAUGGAUCUGUUAAAAAUUUUCCAACGGUUCAACAUGAUAUCAGAAGAUAACAAGAAGAACAAAGUCCACGGUGCCGACGCAGGAAUGAGCAGGCAGGCAUUAAGUUGGCUUUUGAAGGGUGUCCACGGCCAGUUGAUAAUUUUGCUGGUAGGCCAUUUACAACAAAUGGAGGGGGGGUAUUUAACGAAUAUUUCCGGCCGUAAACCUACACAGUUAGAUUUAUAUACCCGGGAAUGUAGAGAUAUAAGUGCUGAUAAUGAUAAAGCAAGUGCGGAGAGAGUCGAAUUAGCAAUAACAACAAUUACAGAAUCCGUAGAUUUUCUUUUGUCGCUUUCACAAGCCAGAUCCGGUGAUAUGUUUAGUAUUGUUAGUCUAACAAAAACGCAGCAGAGGUUGGUGAAGCUUCUGACGGAGAUGGGCAUAUUAUAUGUCGAUUCAACCAAAGGAUAUUUUUACGUUUUCGACCUUACAUUUUUGGUUGGAAGGAAUGAGUCGGACGUCAACCGUACACCCAGGCUAUCGAUGUCCAUUUGUGGAACUACAGACAGCAAAAUAGUUGUGCAAAGCAAUUUUAAGGUCUAUGUAUAUACAGCAAAUGCAUUACAAAUAAGCGUUUUAAGUCACGUAUGCGAAUUACAGGCACGGACGCCUAAUCUAGUAAUUGGCGUUUUGACCAGGUCAAGCGUUCAGGCUGCUUUCAAAAGCGGCAUUACCGCAGAGCAGAUUAUAAGAUUUUUUGAAUCAAAGAGCCAACAUGAAGACACCAAUAUAUCUGCAUUGGCAAUGCGGGUGCCGGAAAAUGUGCGACGCCAAUUAAAAAUGUGGGAGGCCGAGCGCAACAGAUUAGAGCUCAUUAAUGCCAUACUCUUCAAACGUUGGGACACUGAAUUCAUGCCUGAGCUAUUCAAGAGGACAGUGCGGUGGGCGCAAGUAAAGCGUUAUGAUCUGUUCCACACACGAUGGCCGCCUGAUUUAUACUCUCAAGACUACCAAACAUGGUUAAAAAACGAAAAGUACUUGGCAUGUACUUUUGAGUCCAAGGAGGAAGUUAUUGACAAAAUAAAGCAAAUUAGAAUGUCAUUGGCUGAAGAAAAAACUCGUAUCACGUCGGAUCCUACAUAUAGAUAG